AUGUCUCAUCUACUAUUUGCCUUACUUUCCUUAUUCUCCUUUGCUGCUCUUCUGGAAGCACAGUGGAAACUAAGGGAAAAUGUGUAUGUCAUAGAAUCAGAGUGGAAUGAUGUGACACCAGCUAAAAGAGUGGAGCUCACCUGUAGCACAUCUGAUGAAUCACAAGAAGUUUACUGGCAAAAGGGCACAGAAUGGAAAGGAACUGGAAAGACACUGAUUGUUGAAGUCAAAGAAUUCCCAGAUGCUGGCAACUACACCUGUCUGAUACCUAACACCAAUGAAAUCAUCAGCUAUAGUUUCUUCCUCAUAACAAAAAUUGACUCCAAUGGGCAAAUGAUAAGGUCAAUUCUGAAAAGGUUUAAAGAGCCAAAUGGGACAUUUCUAAAAUGUGAAGCAAAGAACUACUCUGGAAUUUUUGUAUGUUCAUGGAUGACAGAAAAUGAGAGUCCAAAUGUGAAGUUUACAAUCAGAAGUCUACAAGGGUCCCAAGGAGACAUAAGCUGUGGCACCCCUGUAGCACAUGUUGAUAAAUCAGUGACUGAAUACACAGUCCAGUGCCAAAAAGAAAACUACUGUCCAUUUGCUGAAGAGCACCAGCCAAUUGAGAUGUUCCUGGAGGUCAUUGAUGAAGUGGAAUAUGAGAACUACACUAGCAGCUUCUUCAUCAGAGAUAUCAUUAAACCUGACCCACCCCUGUGUCAGUACGUGGCCACAAAUGAAACAGUGACAUGGACAUAUCCCAGAACAUGGAGCACCCCACAGUCCUACUUCCCUUUGACGUUCAAGGUUAAAGUUGAAAGUGCAAAGAAGUGCAAAAUCCAGAUCUAUGAUGCUGAUGAGCAGUUUCUUCAGAUUCCAAGGUCUGGGAAAAAAGUGAAGAUCUCUGUGCAGGCCAGGGAUCGCUAUUACAACUCAUCCUGGAGUGAGUGGUCUGCACUUUGCAGGUAAGACUUCAAGAACUUC